AGAUCAGACCCUCCAAAGAAAUAUCAAUUAGGAAAGCGAGCAUCACCUGAGGAUGGAAAUCAUAUCCGAAGACCCUUUUCCUCACGCCUUGAGACCUUUACAAGACCUAUUUCAGCUCUAGCCAGACACCGCGUACACCAAUUAUCGGAAAUACGUGAAGCAUCAACGUCCUCGAAAACAGGUACUAUCACGAAGGCAACCUCAGGAUGGACCGAUGGUGGUGAUAACAGACCAAAGACACCAGUACCUCCAGGAGACGCCCUCUCUCAUUCCACUUCUUCAGAGUGCCCAACUCCAAAUGCACUACGCCCGGUGCCACGAAAUGGUUCUGCAGCCUUAGGCAAUAAAACAGCAAGUGCUAUCAGUCUCCCUCACGGACGCAUCCCCGAACGGAGGUCCUCGGCCAGCAUCUUCUCCCGCAGUCUGGCAGGUUCGGCUCCAGGUUCAUUGCAAGAGCUGCACACAUGGAAAGUACCAGGGUUGGACGAUACAAGAAAAAUAAUCCCAGACAGGGGACGCGCAGAUUCACCUGUCCGUCGUGCUAUGGCGUCCAGCGCUCAAUCCUCGGAGGUCUUUCGACCGUCUCUUGCACGAACCUUCAUUCGAACCACUCCUCCUCAUGAAGUCUUGGACAAUGGCAGUGCUCGACAUUCCCGAGUCGAAUUAUCCGUCCGCUUGCCUGCCCCACUCUUCGUCGGAGGUGGUACCGUCGAAGGCCAAAUGACAAUCGAGGUCGACGGUGGAGCAUCAAGAAGACCCAAAUUGCAGCCAAUAUACAUCUCCAGGGCUUCUGUGGACGUUAUUGGGGUCGAAGAGAUCAGUGAUGGGCGGCGAUGGGUGUUUCUCUCGCUAGCAACGGAAUUGUUUGACCACGAAAAUCCACCUCCUCCAGCCCUGGUCAAGUCUCAGCUGCCUCAACCGAGUCCAGAUCUUUGGUGGGAGAUGAAGACUGCGACAGCUAGCAUCCCCUUCUGCAUCAAUCUACCUCUGAAACUUGGCCCUCCUCCUUACGCCUCGAAACAGGCGUCCAUACGCUAUUUGCUGUGCCCUUCACUUUCUAUCAAAGUAGGAGGCAAGAGAAGUAUUGUCAGGCAAACAUGGAACAUUCAGAUGCUCACUGUGCACGAUCCAGAAAAGGCUUUGGCCAGUCUUCCCAGCCCACUGCUCGCAGCAGACACAUUGUACCUCGCACGAGAACCAGAGAUGCAGACGGUGAAGCUUACUGCGGGGCUUCACCGACAGACAUGGGUGAAUGGUGCCAAGAUCUUCAUCGAUGUCCAUAUCGCAAACAACACGCCAAAGACGGUCAAGAAAAUCGAGGUCCAGCUCGAGAAGACAACGUUGUGGUAUACGCACGCUGCGGCAGGGACUUUUGACAAAAGCGCAAACCACCUGCGACUCCCCAAACGUACUGACUCCGGCAUCAUUAGCAGUACCACGCUGAAAAAGUCUGAUACAUGGCAAGGUGUCACUUCUCACUCAUCGGAGGUCAAGACAAUCGAAUUGGAAGCUCCUCGUGGCCAUGUCACCAUCAGCACAGGCAGGUACUUUGAGGUCAGAUACUUUGUCAAUGUGGUGGUUACCGUGAAGUUGUUCAAAACCGUUGCAGUCCAGCUUCCGGUUACCAUCAUACCAAUCAACUCUCUGGACAUACUACCAAAUUCGCUUGCACAAGUGGCUGCCUCUAUUGAAGCCAAACGGGCGAAGACAGUACCAGUCCCAUCGAGUGGCCCAAGCCGGGCAUCGUAUCAUCAAGGCCAAGUCUUCACCAUCCCACUACGACCCUCGUUGGAGAAUGCGAGCCGGGAAGAAGGCCCGAUGCCACUUGCAGAUCUAGACAACCUAAAGCAAGACCUGGACAAGUCUCCAAGAAAGGUUCACGGUCAGGCAGGCGUUGCCAAUGAUGGGACAAACGAGAACAAGCCUCCUGAACGUGCGAGCAUGGCAUCAUCGUCGCAUCACCAUAUGGAGCGGCAUCCAAGUUGUUAUCAUUGUCAUGUUGCCGAGAAUCAGGAUACACCCAUGGGCAAAGGUCCACGACUGCCUAGACUUCAAGUCUCUACUUCAGGACUUGGCUUUUCCGAAACAGAAUUCGAAGUGUCUGCGGACUCACCUCCUCGAAAGGUGAUGUUGAGUGAGCGGGAGCGAAACAUGAUCAAUCAAGACAGAGAACUGCGCAAGCGGCAAGAGCGGAAAGACAUGAACCAAAACAGACCCAGUGGGGACAUAAAACGCGGACAUGAACUACGGCAAUCCAGAGACCAGCCAAGCUACAGAAAUGUGGUAGCAAACCCCAACGCGGCACCCAGGCCGCCGGCCCUGGGAAGCCUCAGCCCGAGUGGUGUGAGAUGGCGAAGCAACAGUGGCAAUCUGCAUGCGCCACCAAAAGCUGCAAGAUCUAGGUCUAAGACGAAUCCUGAAAGAUUAUCUAGAGCAGUGUCAACGCACAAGCCACGAAGAAAGUCCAGUAGCGCUCGACUUCCUGUCGACGGACCAGCAUAUGCCGGAGCGCAUCGAAGACUGAGCAAGGACGUCGGUUACAAAGGUAGUCUGGACCGGCUCUUUUGA